AUGAAUAAUUUAAAAUAUUUUAACAUCCAAAAACCAAAGGAUCGUAAUUAACAGUAUAUCCCCUUAAGUUUUUAAAGCAAUCUAUUUCAUGCUAUUUAAAUACUCAUAAUUUGUGGAGAGACUUCCAAGCCAAAUAAAGAGAAAAUACAUUACUAAUCCAUGAAAGAUCUAUAACCUCUCUCUGACUUCAGUACAUGCCAAAAUGAAAAUCAAUAAAGAUAUGGCAUAUUACGAGAUUGCUAUCUAUAAGCCUGCAUUGUAGCACAAUCUUUGAAUUAUUUUUAAGUAUAAUAUGAUAAAUUUUAAUAUUUGUAGGUACUGCAAAUAUAAUCAAUCCCAUUAAGUUUUUAAUAUAAAAUAUGA